AUGACUAUUUCACCUCGUCCUCUACGUCCUAAUGAGCGCAUCUUGACCAACGAAGACGGCGGAAUCGAUACUCCUGCUCGCCCUCCUUCACCAGUCCAUAAUUUCGGUACACUUGCUGUUCAUGCUGGUUCACCUCUAGAUCCCUCUACCGGAGCUGUCAUUGAACCUCUCUCCCUCUCUACUACUUUUGCGCAAACAGCCGUUGGAAAGCCAGUGGGUCUCUACGAAUACAGCCGCAGUGCCAACCCGAACCGUGACAAUUUUGAAGCAGCAGUGGCCGCUCUUGAACAUGCUAGAUAUGCUCUUGCUUUUGCUUCGGGCUCUGCUACAACUGCGACGAUUCUCCAAUCUCUAGCUGCGGGCUCGCAUGUCAUUUCAGUAUCAGACGUCUAUGGGGGAACUCAUCGAUAUUUCACCAAAGUGGCCCUCGCGCAUGGAGUCGAAGUCACAUUUUCCCCUUCGAUCGAAUUGGAUGUUGAAGAGUUGAUUCGGGCACAAACAAAACUCAUUUGGAUCGAAAGUCCUUCGAACCCUACCUUGAGCUUGGUCGACAUUCGGCAUGUUGCUUCAAUUGCCCAUAGACACGGUAUACUGGUCGUGGUGGACAAUACCUUCCUAUCUCCCUAUCUGCAGAAUCCUCUGGAUCAUGGAGCCGAUAUUGUGAUACACUCUGUCACCAAAUAUAUCAACGGGCAUUCUGAUGUGGUCAUGGGUGUGGCGGCUUUCAAUUCAGACGAGCUCAAAGAACGCUUGACAUUCCUACAAAAUGCCAUCGGCGCUGUUCCAUCCCCCUUUGACUGCUGGCUGGCUCACAGAGGUCUCAAAACUCUUCACCUUCGAGCCCGCGAAGCGAGCAAGAACGCCUUGGCCGUCGCACAGGCCCUGGAAGCUUCUCCUCAUGUCAUCGCAGUGAAUUAUCCAGGCCUCGAUUCCCACAAACAGAGAGCGAUAGCUAUCAAGCAACACCGUGAUGGCAUGGGUGGCGGUAUGCUCAGUUUCCGACUCCAGGGUGGUCACGCUGCGGCAGAGCGAUUCUGCCAGCAAACCAGAAUUUUCACGCUUGCUGAAAGCCUGGGAGGUGUCGAGAGUCUUUGUGAAGUUCCCAGUGCCAUGACACAUGCUGGAAUUCCCAAAGAACAGCGUGAGGCGAUUGGCGUGUUUGACGAUCUCGUCCGACUCAGUUGUGGGGUUGAGGAUGCUGAAGACCUGAAGAAGGAUAUUCUGCAAGCGUUAGAGAAGGCUGUCAUUGGACCCAAAUUCACGAAUGGAGUCAACGGAAUUAACGGCGCUGCUGUCCCAAGAAGAUGA